AUGAUUCUCGGCUUCGUGAUAGCUAGCCUAAGUCAGGCGGCUGUAGCUGCGGCAUCUCUACAGAUUGUCCCUGGUGCUACGUGGACCGCGGCGGGCACCAACCAGCAUGUGCAGGCUCAUGGUGGAGGGAUUAUCGAAGUCGAUUCGACGUACUACUGGAUCGGCGAAAACAAGCUGGAUGGAAGCUCUUUUCAGUCUGUCAAUUGCUACUCGAGCAAAAACUUGGUAGAGUGGACGUUUGUCGGAGAGCUCCUUUCCCGUCAGAACAGUGGAGACCUCGGCCCCGAUCGCAUCGUCGAGCGACCGAAGGUGAUCUACAAUGACGCCACAUCGAAGUACGUAUUAUGGAUGCACAUCGAUAGCAGUGACUAUGGCGAGGCAAAAACCGGUGUUGCAACGUCUUCCAGUGUUUGCGGCACAUAUGAAUAUCUAGGCUCAUUCCAGCCUCUCGGGCAUCAAUCUCGAGAUAUGGGUCUUUACAAGGAUGACGAUGGCACGGGAUAUCUUUUGACUGAGGACCGCCCGAAUGGCCUGAGAAUCAACAAGUUGACUGAUGAUUUCACCAACGUCACGGAAACCAUUCAUCUCUUUCCAGAACACGUGGAAGCCCCAGCGUUAUACAAACAGGACGGAGUGUACUUCUUAUUUGGCUCUCAGUUAACAGGAUGGUCGAACAACGAUAAUAAAUAUGUUACUGCAACAAACCUCAGUGGGCCCUGGACAAACUGGGCCGACUUCGCGCCAAGUGGAGCCAACACAUUCGAGUCUCAAACAACUUUCGUCCUAGGAGUCGGCGAUUCUGUAAUGUACAUGGGCGAUCGCUGGGACUCUUCCAAUCUCAUGAGAUCUACCUAUAUUUGGCUUCCCUUGACAAUUGAAGGCACUACGGCGACUCUGCACGACGAAUCCGCCUGGGUUCUACCACUUGACGGAACCUGGUCCUCCGCCGGAGAUAACACCAUCUACGAAGCCGAAUCAUCCGACAAUGCCCUUUCUAACGGUGCCAAGAUUAUUUCCUGCAGCGGCUGCUCUGGUGGGAAGUCUGUUGGUUACAUCGGUGGUACCGACGACGGAACAGUGGAAAUCAGCAACGUGGCCAGCGCGGCGUCAACCGAUACCACUAUCCGUGUCCGGUAUGCGAACGGAAAUAAUUCCCAGCGCUACGCCAAUGUCACUGUGAAUGGCCAAUCUCAUGUGCUUGCGUUUCUUCCCUCUGGAAGUGGGAAUACGCCUUUCACGUCGACCCUCCAUACUACAUUAACGAAGGGAGAUGCAAACACCAUCACCUUCAGCGCGUAUGAGGAAGGAUGGGGUCCCGAUAUUGACCAAUUGGUUAUUUCAAAGUAG